AUGAGACUACAUAAAUCCCUGGCUUUACUUUACGAGAAUAUAUCUCAACAUUCAAAACGAUUUUAUCACAAAACUUUAACAAAUACAUGCCAACAUACUAACACAGAAUAUGCCUUUGAUGAAGAUGUUUUACUCUCGAAAGAAAAUCAACAGAGAUGUUUGGAAAAAAUGAAAGCAGCAGCACCAAUGGGUCUUCGUUUGAGGGGAAAUCAAAGUGAAAUGAAAUUCGCUGCAGUGCUUAUUGCAAUCUGCACAGACGAAAAUGGACGAAAUCCUUCCAUACUCUAUACACGAAGAGCUCGAACAUUAAGAAGACAUAUGAGACAAAUUUCAUUUCCCGGCGGUAUUCAAGAUGAAAAUGAGGACUUCAUAACGUGUGCUCUCCGGGAAACCGAAGAAGAGAUUGGACUUCCUCGGAGUCGAGUUGAGAUCUGGGGCACUGGAAAUUUAAUAAAACCCCCACACACAGCUGCCAUAAUGCCAGUCAUUGGCGCCGUUAAGAACUUCAGGGAGAGUGAAUUGAACUUAAAUGUCGAUGAAGUAGAAGAAGCCUUUGCUGUGCCCAUUAGUCGUCUGGCUCAUCCACAAACACUGCAUUAUACGCAAUUCCAGAGUGGUUAUUCUGGACCUGUAUUUAUUGUUGAUGUUGAUAAGAAAAUCUGGGGUAUAACUGGUUUCCUAACAAAUACCUUCCUUAAUUGUUUUCUUCCACCAGAAAUGAACUACUUGAAAAAUCGGGUUAAAUAUAUACGUCCCCUGAAAAUCGACGCGGGUGACAAGAAGUAG